AUGAUUUUUAAGCCAAACAUGAUUGUACUCAUAACAAAUGGAAGACUAGCUGGAAAAAAGGCAGCCGUUGUUAAAGAGUUGGAAAACAACAUGCUUCUUCUCGCUGGUAUUUCUAGAACCCCGGAGGAGUCUCCAGACUAUCUUCCUGCAUGGCAGAAAAGAAGAAAUAUGAAGUUUGUUACUUUCAUCAAAAAGAUAAAUAUGAAGCAUGUCCUUGCAACUAGAUACAAGGCCGAUGUUGGCUUGGAUGCUCUUAGUGCUGAGAAAAGUCCUGAAGACAUAAAUAGUAGAGCAGCACUCAACCAAGAAGCCAACAAAAUUUUGAAGAGUGCUUUUGAGGCCAAAAAGGCUAAAUGGCUAUUUACAAAACUGCAGUUCUGA